AUGUUCGAGGACAACCAAACAAUGGUGUCAGAAUUCAUACUUCUUGGAUUUCAGCAUCUUCACAAUUUCAAAGUCCCUUUCUUUGCUUUUCUCACGCUGAUUUAUGCCAUAACGAUAGCUGGAAAUCUUCUGAUUAUUUCACUGGUAUCUUCUAGUGAGAAGCUCCAUUCUCCAAUGUACAUAUUUCUGAGCCAUCUCUCUCUAUGUGACAUCGUGAUCAGCACAAAUGUCACUCCAAAUACACUAAAGGUAAUUUUACAAGGCAACACUACCAUGUCUUUUCUUUCAUGCAUCACUCAGUUAUAUUUCUUUGGGGCAACAGCAAUUAUGGAGUGCUGUCUUCUAACAGUGAUGUCUUAUGACAGAUACUUGGCCAUUUGUCAUCCAUUGCAUUACACAUCUAUAAUGAAUGCCAGGUUUCCUCACUACCUCGUUAUAUGUGCAUGGAUGAUAGGCUUUGGGCAGGCAUUGGUUACUCACACAUUUGUUCUUCAUCUGCAAUUCUGUGGGCCAAAUGUCAUUGACCAUUUCUUCUGUGAUCUUGGUCCUAUCCUUGAGCUGUCCUGCUCUGACAUAUUGGUUAUCCAAAUUGAUGUUUCUGUUGUAGCCAUUGUGAUGGCUUUUUCCCAGAUGCUCUUUAUAAUUAUUACUUAUAUCUUCAUCUUUAAUUCUAUCCUUCACAUAUCCUCUAUCAAGGAAAGGAAGAAAGUCUUCUCUACAUGCAGUUCCCACUUGUGCGUCGUCUGCAUCUAUUAUGGAACAUUGAUCACACUUUAUGUUGCUCCAUCAAGAGGAUAUUCAUUCAAUUUAAAUAAGAUUUUGUCUCUAAUAAACUCUUCUAUUACUCCUUUGUUUAAUCCUAUCAUAUACUCCCUAAGAAACAAAGAAAUAGUAGCAGCCUAUAAUAAACUUAUAUCAAAUAUGCUUCUUAAGAUGAAGGGCUGA